UUGCGGGGUUGGAGGGUUGACCGUGUGCUUCGUCAUUAUUAUGCGGCAGUUGCAGUUGCUAAGUCGCAGGCAGCGACAUGUGAACAAAUCAUGUCCAGAUAGUUUCUCUGACGACUUACACUCGUUUGGCAACGUCUUAUAUCACAUAAAGCGUCGCUUAUGAGUAAAAGUUCGGCUUGUAGGUUCGUUUGGACUCUGCGAGUAGUUAGAAAUUAGCAUAGCUAAUUAACUAGCUGUGAUAUUUCUUCGUGUGCUUUUAGCCAGCUAGCAUCAUGGACAACCCAGAAGAUAAUGCCAUUGAGCUCCAUGGAGAUGAGGAAAUAAUUGAAGUAAUCGACCUCAACGACUCCGAGCCUGGGCCAGAUGAUUUGGCUGACGACUUGGGCGAUGUUGACUUUGAGGACCCUGGGCACCCAGAGGAUGAUAAUGAAGGCUGGGAGACGGAGGAUGAGAUGGAAGCUGAGGCAGAGCAAGAUGACAGCGAGCUCACCUUCUCCAAGCACACCGGCUCAGUGUUCUGUGUGAGUUUGGAUCCAGCCACAAACAGCCUAGCAGUGACUGGUGGAGAGGAUGACAAGGCUUACGUCUGGAGGGUGAGCGAUGGAGAGGUUCUGCUGGAGUGCACAGGCCACAAAGACUCUGUGACAUGUGCCAUGUUCAGCCAUGACUCGUCUCUGGUGGCUUCGGGCGAUAUGAGCGGUCUAAUUAAAGUCUGGAAAGUGGAAACAAAAGAGGAGAUCUGGUCGUUCGAGGUGGGAGAUCUGGAGUGGUUGGAGUGGCAUCCCUGCGCUCCUGUGCUGCUGGCGGGGACAAAUGAUGGGAACGUGUGGAUGUGGAAGAUCCCUGCAGGAGACUGCAAAACCUUCGAGAGUCCUGCGUGUCAGGCCACCAGUGGCAAAGUCCUCCCUGAUGGUAAACGAGCUGUCGUGGGCUACGAGGAUGGAACAGUGAGAGUGUGGGACCUAAAGCAUGGAAAUGCAAUCCAUGUCAUCAAAGGUCAAGAUGGACACCAGGGGGCGCUAACCUGCCUUGCUUGCAACAAGGAUGGCUCUCUCGUGCUGACGGGUUCAGUGGAUGGAUGUGCCAAGCUUAUUAACACCACCACAGGCAAGGUGGUUGGAGUGUUUACGGUAGAGGGAGGCAAGGCCAAAGGAUCGAAAGAUGAGGAAGAAUCCAACUCUGUUGAGUCUGUGGGAUUCUGCAACAUCCUACCUCUGAUAGCUGUGGCUUUCCUGGAUGGGACUCUGGCCAUAUUUGACCUUUCUACACAGGUGCUGAGGCAGAGAUGCCAGCAUGAGGCUGGGAUUGUUCACCUGCAGUGGGAGGAGUCUUCUUCUGUGGUGUCCACCUGCAGUUUAGACGGAGCGCUGCGUUUAUGGGACGCUCGUUCUGGCAGCUUGUUGUCCGAAUACCACGGCCACACCGCAGAGAUCCUCAACUUUACUUUCAACAGGGAAGCGUCUCUUGCGGUAACAGCCUCGGGAGACAACCAGGCCAAAGUGUUCUGCCUCCAAAGACCUGAUCGAUAAAACAAAGGCUGAGGAAACGUGUCACAGCAAAUAGACAAUUACUGCUUGAGCUGUUUUCUUACACCGGAGAACAGAUGUUUUACCCUCCUGGGAUUUUAAAGUAUUCUACAAACAUAAAUGUUCCUGAAUUUUCCUUAUUGUUUUUCAGUCCAAGUACACCCUGAAAGACUAAGAUUAAAAUUCAGUGAGUGAUUAUUAUUUAAAGGAUUUUUAAAGGUAAAAGAAAAAUAAAGUUAUUUUCCUCUGAUUGUAGUAAAUCAUUUCCCAAAUGUAAGGAUGUUUGUGAUCUUCCAACUCUGUCACAAACCUAUUCAUGUAAACCAAACUGUAAAUACAGACAAAAUAAAACGGAAUGCUCUCCUCUGGGCUGUUCAGGAA